UGUUCAGGUUAUUCUUAUAACAAACACCCAAAAUGCACUGUUUUGAUUACAAGUGACAUCUAAUCCUUACAAGAGCGAGCACCACCUAUAGGAGAUCGAAAGUGUCUUUUUUUUUUCUUCCAUGGCUCGGUAAACGGAUGCAACAAUAUGCGGAUGGUUUUUACAUCAUCUGGUACAAAAUCUCUGUUCACAGGCGGCAUCUUAAAAAGGAUAGAUAGACAGGCGAUGCCAAACGUCGAGUCACUGGAGAAUGAAAACCUACAUUGAAAGAUCACGUUCGUCUUUGGCCAUCGCCACAUGUUAAAUGGAUACAGAAUGGGUAAAUAAUGACGCUUAUUGUUUUCAGUCAUUCGAUCAUUUAUAUGGGUAUGACAAUAGCGGUCCUCCUAUAGCACCUUUUCAAAAUAGAAAUGUAACCAAACGAUUUAACCCUGAAAUCACAGGCAACAAACUCAUCAAUAUGUGUAAUGAGGGCAAGAAAUAUGAUGUCCCUAUACUGUAGGCUGGAAAACCGCGUUGCUUAAUAAUACGGCAAMAAAAAAAAAUACUGUGUUAAGUAUUUUAAAUGGAUAGUCACGAUGGUGUCAUUUUGGACAUCCAUUUUACAAGUUCUAUUUUUUUUCUCUCUUUCAUAGAGCGCAACAUGUAGCCUAUUUCCUGCGUGCGCUGUAAAAUCAGAAGUCACGCAUAGUUCUCCGGGGUUAUUCUCAACUGAGGACAGAGGCGCAGUUCUCAAGAUAAAUAUUGGUAGGUAACGACAGACAUUGCUCUCAGUAUCAGUCUGUCAACUACAAAGAAGAAACGAACCUGGGCCUCUUUUGCACAGGCUGUCCAUAUUUCCCAAGAACUUUCUUAAAAAUCCCAAUUUUUCCCAACGUGGAUUGCUAGUCAGGUGACUUCUCAGGUGGGGGGGAGCCACAAUUCAUGAUCAAACAGCAUCCCAUAUUCUUCACUUCUUUUGAGUUUUCACCAUGGAAACCCCAUGUGAACAAUGGUGAUGACCUUGAUACAAUGAAUAUGGAGAGAAGGGUGGCAAUGUAAACAAAGUUUUGCAUUCGAAAAGAAGCAAAGCUAUAUUAUCGCCCUCACUUCAUUCUUAGUUAGUUUUCCAUGGGCUCACUUAAGGGAAAUGAACAUGGUCCAGGAGAACCUUUAAAUCUCCUUUUGUCUUAAGUCUACAUUUGGAGGAGGACAUUGGAUUGGGGAAUCAACUGACAGAAUGAACUGACACUGUCAGAGACGUGUAACUAACAAAUAUGUGAGCAAAGCUAUUCCAAAGUGCAGGGUCUGACAAUCAAGACAAUACGUGUGAUUUUAAAGGACAUUUGUGACACCUCAGGGCAAAAGGUUCAGAUUACACACAGGAGAAUAAAAGGGAACCCGAUGAGAGAGCACGAUGUAGGCCUACGUUUGAACCUUACAACAGUACCUUGAGGAAUUUUACACCUGCAGAACUACAAAACAGAUUUCCACUUUUUUUACGACGAGGUCACAGGAAGGAUACAAAACUUAGUCAGCAUUCACGAUGCCUCGCAACCGGGCCUUCUCGGAGCCUGAGUACUCAGCAGAGUAUUCGGCGGACUGCUCUGUGACCCUACCAUCGGACCCGGGCCAUGCCGUGGGGCGCACGCACGAGGUAACGGUUCGCAGCCAAGGGUGCUGCCUCUGCCUCCCACGCUUCAUGCGUCUCACUUUUGCACCCGAGUCUCUGGAGAACCUCUAUCAGACCUAUUUCCGCCGGCAGCGACACGAAACCCUGCUGGUUCUGGUUGUGUUUGCUGCCCUGUUUGACAGCUACAUCAUUGUCAUGUGCGCUGUGGUCUACACAGAUGAAAAGCUGGCCUCUGUGGUGGUGGCAUCAGUAGGCCUGGCAUCCGACAUCCUACUCUAUGUGUUGUGCUGCUACGGCCUGCUACCCGACCGCAUCUCACGACGUGUGGUGCCCUACGCCCUGUGGGUGCUCAUAGCGGCCCAGAUCUUCUGCUACCUGGGCCUGAACUAUGCCCGCUUCCACCAGGCCAGUGACACAGUGGGCUGGCAGGCCUUCUUUAGCUUCUCCUUCUUCCUGACACUGCCCUUGCGGCUCACGCCCAUUGUGCUGAUCACAUCCGUGUCGUGCGGGGUCCACACCCUGGUGCUGGGGGUCACCAUUGCACAGCAGCAGCAGGAGGAUAUCCAGGGGGCUGCCCUCGGGAGACAGCUGCUGGCCAACGUAGUGAUCUAUGUGUGUGCCAUCACUGUGGGCGUCAUGUCCUACUACAUGGCAGACCGGAAACACCGCAAGGCCUUCCUGGAAGCACGGCAGUCCCUGGAGGUCAAACUCAAUCUGGAGGAACAGAGCCAGCAACAGGAGCGUCUCUUGCUGUCCAUCCUGCCCAAGCAUAUAGCAGACGAGAUGUUACAGGACAUGAAGAAGAAAGAAGCCAGUCAGACUGGACAGAAGGAGAUGCAGCAGUUCAACACCAUGUACAUGUAUCGCCACGAAAAUGUCAGUAUUUUGUUUGCAGACAUUGUGGGAUUCACUCAGCUGUCAUCAUCAUGCAGUGCCCAUGAGCUGGUCAAGCUCCUCAAUGAACUGUUUGCCCGCUUUGACAAGCUGGCUGCCAAAUACCACCAGUUGAGAAUAAAGAUCCUGGGCGACUGUUACUACUGCAUCUGUGGCCUGCCAGACUACAGAGAGGACCAUGCUGCCUGCUCCAUCAUGAUGGGCCUGGCCAUGGUGGAGGCCAUUUCGUAUGUUCGUGAGAAGACCGGGACAGAUGUGGACAUGCGUGUGGGGGUACACACUGGCACUGUCCUGGGGGGCGUCCUGGGACAGAAGCGGUGGCAGUAUGACGUCUGGUCCACUGACGUCACCGUGGCCAAUAAGAUGGAGGCGGGGGGAAUACCGGGGCGUGUGCACAUCUCCCAAGCCACCAUGGAGUGUCUGCACGGGGAGUUUGAUAUGGAGCCGGGGAACGGGGGCGACCGCUGUGAGUACCUGAAGGAGAGGGGCAUCGACUCCUACCUGGUGGUGGUGCCCAAGGGCCCCCUGGGAAAGAACGGCAUCAACGGGGUGAAGUUGUCUGUGAUGUCAUCCAAUGGGAACUCUCCAUUGUUGAUCAACACCACUGAGUGUAAUGGAAGUGUCCACACAGCCUGCACCACACCAGACGAGCCAGAGGAGCUGGACACACGGGUGGUGAACCCUUCGUUCCCCAACCCUCGGCGGAGGCUAAGACUGCGGGACCUGGCCGAGAGGGUGAUUGAUGCCCAAGAGAACGAACAGGAGCUCAACAAACUGCUCAAUGAGGCACUGCUGGAGAGAGAGACCGUACAAGCUUUGAAGGGGAAACGCACCAACCCUCUGUCCCUGCGCUUUGUGGACCCUGAGCUGGAGACCCGCUACUCCGUAGAAAAGGAGAAGCAGAGCGGAGCUGCCUUCAGCUGCUCCUGUGUAGUGCUCCUGUUCACUGCAGCCAUGGAAGUCCUCAUAGACCCUCGGAUGAUAGCAAACUACGUGACCCUAGCUGUGGGCGAGGUCCUGCUGCUCGUCCUAACUGUCUGCUCUCUGGCUGCCAUCUUCCCUCGAGUUUUCCCUAAGAGGCUGGUGUCUUUCUCCACAUGGAUCGACCACACCCGCUGGGCACGGAACACUUGGGCCAUGGCAGCAAUCUUCAUCCUCACCAUGGCCGACAUUGUGGACAUGCUGAGCUGUCCCCGUCCCUCGGGAAACGCCACAAUUGCCCCUCCUUCCUCUGUUGUCCAAUCCGGGGCAGAGGGCUGUCUGGACAACCCCAAGUACUACAGCUACAUCGCUGUGCUGGCUCUCAUGGCGACCACCAUGCUGGUGCAGGUCAGCCACAUGGUCAAGGCCACACUCAUGCUCCUCAUCACCAUAGCGACGGGCAUCGUCAACAUCUACAGCUGGAGGGACAUAUUUGACCGCUACGAUAUGGCCCGCUUCCAGGACUACAGGUCUUACCUGGUUCCCUCCAAAUAUGCCAUGACUGUGAUGAUCUUCAUCAUGAUGAUCAGUUUCUACUACUUUUCUCGACAUGUGGAGAAGCUAGCCCGUACUCUGUUCUUGUGGAAGAUUGAGGUCCACGAGCAGAAGGAGAAGGUGUAUGAGAUGAGGCGCUGGAACGAGGCGCUGGUCACGAACAUGCUGCCAGAGCACGUAGCACGCCACUUCCUUGGCUCCAAGAAAAGGGACGAGGAGCUGUACAGCCAGUCAUAUGAUGAGAUUGGGGUGAUGUUCGCCUCCAUCCCCAACUUCUCGGACUUCUACACAGAGGAGAGCAUCAACAACGGGGGRAUUGAGUGCCUCAGGUUCCUAAACGAAAUCAUCUCUGAUUUUGACAGCCUCCUGGACGAGUCUCAGUUCCGCUGCAUCACCAAAAUCAAAACCAUUGGCAGCACCUACAUGGCAGCAUCAGGUGUCACUCCCAACGUCAGCAAUGGCUACGCCUGUCUGAAGAUGGUUAAGGUAGAGGGCUCUGUUGUGCAGAAAGAGGAGCUGACCGACAGAGAGCGCUGGCAGCAUUUGGCAGAUCUGGCUGACUUUGCUCUGGCCAUGAAGGUCACGCUCAUGAACAUCAACUACCAGUCCUUCAACAACUUCAUGCUACGCAUAGGUUUGAAUAAAGGGGGGGUGCUGGCAGGAGUGAUUGGUGCCCGGAAGCCUCACUAUGACAUCUGGGGCAACACUGUGAAUGUGGCAAGUCGCAUGGAGUCCACAGGCGUCAUGGGUAACAUCCAGGUGGUGGAAGAUUGCUACCACAUCUUGAAGGAGUACGGAUUCCGUUUUGUGAGGAGGGGACCCAUCUUUGUGAAGGGGAAAGGAGAGCUGCUUACCUACUUUCUGAAGGGUAGAGAAAAACAGGGAUCCUUCAUCAACGGCUCCUUGGUCACCCUGCCACACCAAGUGGUGGACAACUCCUGACCUGCGUGUCAACGCACACAGAAACACAAACGCACACACAUAAUCAGAAAUAUACAUUCUAAUGUAUAAGUGAGAUCUGAAUUAUGCUUAUACCAACACUCCAUCUUUCAGAAUUACAAAGUAUGUAAGAGGAUAUGAACAUCUUGCAAAGAGAGAAGAUUUGUUCCGCCUCCCCUACCCUGCCUGUUCAAAUAGUUUUUUUGCAAACUACAAAGCUUUUCAAAAUAGUGCUCAGCUACUUGCAUUACAGACUUAUGAACACAUAUCACGCUACUGUAUAGUCACACAUAUUUACACACAUUUUUAGACAAACACUCUUCAGACACACAUCGUCUGACAAACACACAUUCAUGUAUUCACUACAAUGCCAUCACUCAAGCCAGAUGCAGCCAGGCUGUUGGACUAAAUGUCUCAUUUUGAAUACUUUCCCCCUUUUACAAAAUACUUUAUAUUUGGGGAAAUAAUGGAUUUCAUUGUGUUUGUUACAGUAUCUCCAAACUGCUUGGAGAUGAAGAUGACCUGAGAUGGUAGAGUGUUUGAAGGUUAAU